AAAGUGUCGGAAGGUUGUUCUAAAGCCACACCAUCAGGUUCGAGCGCUAUUGCAAUAAUUGAGAGGAAAAAAAACACAGAAGGAAUUGACGGGGAUUUGUGUGUGUGUGUGUGUGUGUGCGCUUCAUCUGCCUCGAACGGAGAGCUGUAACAAUUUUCUCCAUUUUUAAAGCCCUCCUCAGCAGCUCCACUGUAAAUAGACCAAAAAAGCAGGAUGUCAACGCAUUUCAGGAGCGGCCCAGCCUUCGGACUAUCUGCAGAGGUCAAGAGUAAGCUUGCGGGGAAGUACGACCCCCAGAAGGAAGAGGAGCUGAGGCUGUGGAUCGAGGAUGUGACUGGGAAAAGGAUCGGGGACGGCUUCAUGGAGAGUCUGAAGGACGGUGUCCUGUUGUGCGAGCUCAUUAAUGUUCUCCAGCCAGGUUCAGUGAGAAAGGUCAACAACUCGGGUCAAAACUGGCACCAGCUGGAAAACAUUGGGAAUUUUGUUCGUGCCAUAACAGAGUACGGCCUGAGGGCAAACGACAUCUUUGAGGCCAACGAUCUAUUUGAGAAUGUCAACCACACUCAGGUCCAAAGCACACUCAUCGCUCUGGCUGGAAUGGCCAAGUCCAAAGGGUUCCACUCCAAGUACGACCUGGGUGUGAGGUACGCCGAAAAACAGGAGCGUCGCUUCGCUCCAGAGAAGCUCAGGGAGGGACGUAACAUCAUAGGCCUGCAGAUGGGCACCAACAAGCUUGCCAGCCAGAAGGGCAUGACCUCGUACGGCACACGACGCCAUCUGUACGAUGCCAAGAUGGCCAUGGACAACCCAGUAGACCAAUCCACUAUCAGCCUACAGAUGGGCACCAAUAAGGGAGCCAGCCAAGCUGGCAUGACAGCCCCAGGGACCAGGAGGCAUAUCUUUGACAAGAAGUUGGAGCUGGAGAACUGUGACACUACCACCAUUUCUCUGCAGAUGGGCACCAACAAAGUGGCCUCUCAGCAGGGCAUGACCACUUACGGCCUGCCCCGCCAGGUCUUUGACAACAAGUACUGCACCAACCCCACUGAGACCUUCUAUGACAACGGAAGUGAGGUGGAGUUUGAUGGCUACCAGUACUCUGACUAAGACAACACGGAUUGCCAAAAGACAACCAACCACAACUGUGUUUGUGACGAGCAAACCUUCCAGACUCUUAUUUAACACUGUUUUACGACUUUGAUGUUAACAUACCCCAGCUUUUUCUAAUCAUGCUCCUAACAAUUUAUGGCUUGUCUUUACAAAACUAAAAGGAAAAAAAGUGUUUCACAUUACCUCAAAGAUUUGAUGCAGUGGCCUACUUCUGUAUACCAUUGCUCUGAAGAAUGUUAUGACUGCUUAAAAUAGCCGAACACUCCACUACAUUUCCUUUACUAUGUAUGAGUUGUUUUUUUACAGCUUUUUAUACCUGCAAUAGUUUUUUAACAGCCUCACCUCUCUACCCUCCUCAUCCAGCCUAAACACUGAUAAAACAGAAUUCAAAAGUUCCUUAAAUGGAUGCAAUAGUGGGUUGGUAUUAUUGAACUUUGGCCCAGUUGGAACUGAGUCCAUGUCCACAUUGGAGCUCCACAGGCCCUACGAUUUCAGUUUCUGGUCCAUAGAGUGACCCAGGCAGACAAUGCAGGAGGACAUGUAGCGUUUAAUGGACAUGGCUUUGUUUUGCAAUAACAAAUGUGUCGUGUUCACAAGCUACAAAAUGAUUCAUCACAUCACUUUACUGGGCUAGUUUUCAUCGCUUUGUGUGCUGAACAACUCUUUGUUUUAAAUUAAGUUUUUUAGAAAAAGUCCUUUCAGACGAUGCUUUUAUAAAGAGUAAAUAUUGGUUUUAACUUUGUCCCCAAUAGUUUUCUGUCCUGAUGCCUUUGAUACUUUAGGAAAUAUUUACCCGUUCCCGUUUAGCAAACUUUGCCUUUUGUCCUUCCCCCCCUUUUUUUUUUUAAAGUUAACAAAAUAGGAAUGUUACUAAGUAAAUUAACUCAGAUAUCGUGUUCACAAUUCUGAAAUAAUAAUUUACUUGACAGCACUGUUAUUCAGAUGGUAACUCUUAAUUCUGCCAACUUACUUACAUAGUACAAGAUAAAGUUUAUAGAACACAUUUUAACAUUGUUAUAAGUUAAGAUAUAUGAUAGUGUUACAACGAACAGGAUGUUUUUGCAAUAAGUAUUCAUACUUUUCAUAAUUCAAAUAUAUUCUGCAAAUACUUUACUUAAGCUUAAUAUCCAUCCACUGUACGUAGAUGGCAGUAUUAAAGUAGACCCUUACACCAAUAAUUGCUUAGUGAAUCAUACCAAAAACAAGGUGAGAUUCUUGUUUUGGAACGUCUGUGUCAAACUUUUAACCCACCGAAUGUCUUGAAUGUAAUGUAAUGAUAAAUUCAGAGGCCUUAUUUGUUGUGACAGGAUUCAUUUUCAACACAUUGGAAGGCAGAAUUUAACAAUUUCAAAGUUACAAACAGAUGGAGAAUCACGCGUUUCUUUGUAAAGCAUACAGAGUAACUGUCUCUGAAUUACUGUCAUAAGCUUGUUUGUGAUAAUGUGACUAACUGACCUGUUACUUGGAGCUCACCUACUGUUCAUUUUUAUUUAGCAACAAAGGCUUUCCAGCAAUGAUUAAGGAUUAGUACCGGUGUGCCAUCUAGUGAGGUAAACGUGCAUGUACAUUAACUGUUUGGUCAAUAAAGAAAACAUCUAAAGUU